AUGUACUUGAUCCGAGUUUUCGGCAUUGUGGCAAUCACCACAGCGAUCAAUGCUGAAUUUCGGUCAGGUUCCUGCCACUCUCGCCUCAGUAUCCUGUGCUCCUGUCCACCAGAGUGGCAAUUACAUGUAUGGGGAAAGGAGUGCUAUCGCCUCACUCCAUCAUCGCAUUCUUGGGAUGACGCCAAGACAACUUGCCAAGACAUGGGAGGCAAGAUGGCCGCUCCUCGCUCGCUCGAGGAAAUGAACUUCAUGGUGGAAUUGGCAAAAAAGGCGAACACUUUAUACAGGGCCUGGAUUGCUUGCAAUGACAAAGACGUUGAAGGAACCUGGGAGUGUGACGGUCAAGAAGGAAGCGAGCCAUUCUUGGUAUGGGAUAAUGGAGAACCAAAUAGUUUCGGUAAUGUCGAGCAAGAUUGUGUUAGAAUGGCAGCAAGCUCUAAUGACAGAAUGGACGAUGAAUUGUGUGAUAACGAUCAACUGGCCUUUUGUGUUCGUGAAGCUGCCUGCACUUACAGCUUAACACAACUCGGUCACUAA